AGAGCUUAAUUUGUUAUUCAUAUUAUUGUUCUUACAUAUAUAGCAAGUGCUCCUUUAUAUAUCUUCCUAACUCCCUGCGUCAUAUGCGGAUCAUUUUUUCGUUAUCAAUGAAGAUGGAUUCUCAUAAAUGGUGACUAUCAUGUUGGUUAUAGAAGAUGAUAUUAGGCCAUCAGCACCGGUGGUUAAUGUCUUGGCAAAGCUCUGCCAUAUCAUUUCUACAUGGGAAAUCAUCCCUAGUCAUGAUAGUAUUGAUGCUGCUUACAAAGAUCCUGAAGUUAGACAAGAGGUCUACGAAAUUGAAGGAGUCAGAUACAAAGAGUAUUUCGUAAUGAAUUCGAGAGGAAUGAAGCCUUUCACGUGUAGAUGGCUGCCUGCGAACCGUGAACCGAAAGCUUUGGUCUUUCUCUACCAUGGUUACGGCAUGGAGUCCAGCAUGCAUCUCAACGAAAGGUCAAUAUAUUUCUCUUUCAUCUUUAAUGGUUACUAUUGAAUGCCAAAACGGAUACAAAAAGAAACGGAAACAGAGCAC